AUAGCAAUGUAAAAUUGAGUUGAAAGGCUGAUCGAGAAUUAUGGGUUAUUUUUUAAUUUUAAAUGUUUUCCUAUCAUUUUUGGUAAAUUUUUAUUAAAGUAAAGUGAAGAAGUGAACUGGUUAUUAAUAUUGUUCUAUUUAUGAAGACACAACUUAGAAAUCUUAACUUGUUAUUUUGUACCGCGGGAAAACUGUGAAACGUUUGACUACUAUAAUGGCCGCAAUAGCGCCAAUGCUCUUCAUGUUUGUUCUUCAGCAUUAUUUAGGCUAGGAGUGCUAGUUAUGAUUUUUAUAUCAUGUUUAUGAGUUAGAAUCCCUUCAUUGAAAUGGACAUCAACGCAGAGGUCACCACACAAUUGUCACUGAUCGAUGCACUCCUGAGCGACCUUGACAAGACAAUUACACCAUGCGCAAGUAAAAAGAAUGAGAAAAAAGAAGAAGAAACACAGGAUGCGAUGCCAGACUCUACUACCAACACGGAAAAGAACAAUGCCAACCCAUUCCACUGCGGAGUUGAUGUCCUUGUCCCCAACAAGGAUGGCCGCUACUAUUUAGGCACAAUUGUGGAAUUGAGCACAAGCAACGACAACGAUUCGUGUGAAGUUGGUUCGGGGGUGGCGCGAUGUUUAGUCAAUUUCGGAGAUGGUACCCACGCGUGGGCAUCGGUGGCUACUCUCAAGCUGCUGAGUGCUCCUCCGGCGGACGACGGGCGUAUUAUGUGCGUGGUUUGCAAGAGGCGCGAGGGCCCCGCGGCCAGCCCUGCCACCAACGCGAUCAUCGCUUGCGAUAUGUGCGGCAGGGGAUACCACGCGAAGUGCCACUCGCCGCCUGUGGAGUCGUGGAUCAGUGGGGCGUCAUGGCAUUGCAAGAGAUGCGUAGACCAAAGGUACAGAGUGGCGGCGGCCGAGAAUCGGGCUCUGAAGCGAUCAGAUCUGUUUAGAUUUAAGGGCGGGCAGCAACGGAGGCAGCAGCAGGAACUGACCCCUCCUUGUGAUACCGCAUCAUCCACGGCAUCCGAUGCGGGAAAGGACCAAAAUGAAACUAACUGCUACUGCGGAGAAAAAAGCGAUUGGCUUGCACAGAUGCUGUUAUGCUGCAGAUGUUCUCGAUGGUUCCACCAAAGAUGCGUGACCAGUUUGCAGUAUCCGUUAUAUGCGGGCGAUAAGUUGUACAUAUUCGCGUGCGCACACUGCAACGGCGGCGCCGAGUACCUUCGUCGGCUCGAGCUGUGCUGGCUAGAGUUGGCGCAUCUGGCUCUAUACAACUUGACAGCGUACAAUGCGCCCAAUUACUUCGAUCUGGACAGCGUCAUCAUGCCCUACAUCAUGGAUAACUGGCACGCGCUGCAGCUUCCCGAAAAAAUGUGGCGGACUCCGGUGAACGAGCGGCGAGAGAAGAUACUGACCGCGCUUACAUCGUCGCGCAAGCGCUUCAAGUGCGGAAGGGAGAUGAAGAAGCGUGCGACCAUCUGGGGGCUGCGCCUGCGUCGUCCGCCGCCGCCGCCCAUGCAGCUGUCGGCAUUGGAACAGAUAAAGAAAGGAGAACCUUUGACUGAUGAUAUGGUUAGAGAAUAUGCACCUAGGCUUCGCUUUUUGUCACGGCCACCCUCACCGCAAGCGCAAUCCAUCGUAGAUGACAGUUUACAACCGUCAAGUAGUAACCCAUACAAAAGUUCCUAUAAAAAUCAGCACAUGAUUGUCCCAGUCGAUGGCCACUGGUUGAAUUUAAUGAUGGGAAAACGGUUUCAUGAAAAUUUGAACUCUAACUCAAAUUCAGAAAAUGACUCCACAAGUUCCUAUGAAUCUGUUAAGCUUUCCGAGAAUGAGGAGCAACGCUCUCCUGCCGUCUGUACUUCUUCCACUAGGAAAUCUGAUGCCAAAGAUGAUAAAUUAGAAAACAUAUCGAAAGUUAAUGAGUCUUCGUCUCUGCUAGAGACCAGUAAAGCUAAUUCUGUCUGUGAAACUCCUUCUGUGCCAUCGUGUAACACAUCAUUAGUUCCAUGUUCUGUAAAGUUAGACAAAAUACCCAAAGAGACUCCUGAAGAGAAAACCGAUGACAAAACUGAUAACGGCAGUUUGAAUAUCAACACGCAUUCGACUAGAAUAGCGACUAUGAACUUGGAGGUGUCCAAGUUGUCCACUAAAAACAUUAUUGAACAUUCCAAAAUAAUGUCGCUGCAACACAUGGACAGUGUGCCCGCUUACAGCAGCAACUUCAUAGAGAUAGAGUCGUCAGGAGACGAGACGUCCAGUAGAGGCACUUUAGAUGCUAUUAUUCCACCAUUAAAAGACUUUCAAGGAAAAAAUAAUCCUUUCUUGAUGAAAAACACUUACCCAUCGAAGUUCAACUCAUUAAAUAUGUAUAAGCAUAGCAAACAAAAUGGGAAGCAGUAUCCGUUCCAGUCAAGACUUUCUUUGCCUGUGCAACUGAAUCCCCUGAUGGGUCCUCUUGUGAGGCCGCUGAAGAGAAAGCUUAGUGAAAAGGACAUAGUUAUAUUACCUAAUGGCGAAGUGAAACGCAGAAAACAUCGAAGACCUAGGAAAUAUUUGCAAAUGCAGUUAAACAAGUCGUGUCCCCUUCCCGAGGACGCGAAUAAAGCAGUCCAGGCGCAGAACGAGAACGUGGACGUCACCCCGCCGCCCGCUCACAACAACACAAAAUUCCACGGCAGAAGACUGAGACAGCGGCAGGAGAAGAAUUACUACGAGAACGCUCGCCGGAACACCACUAGCAACGCAAGCAAUAACAGUAGCGUGAAGAGUUUGCAGUUGAGCCCGCACAAGAGCGGUGGAGGCAGCACCAGCGUUGAUGCUCUCCAGUUGUCGGCACUGAAGUCCAGCGUUCAGUCGUACUUCCGAGCCGGGCAGACUUUCCGCGUGCUGGCACGUCGCCUCGCGCCCGGCGCGCAACCCGCCUACCUCAUAGAGUGGGACUCCAACGCCUCGUAGUAUUGUACGGCGUUAUAUGAAUUUAUUUAAAUAUACAUGUAAUGUAAUAAUAUAUAUUAUAAGCGCUUGUCUGUAGUCUAAUUUAGUUGUACAGAUCGAGGAAUGUGAUAUAUUAUAAUUCCAUUUGGA